AUGUUUUCCACCAAGCACCUUCUCUCCCUCCUCGCUGUCGGCCUUCAUGCCGGAAUCGCUGCUUGCGAAGAAUACGGAUCCUGGCAUGUCCAGAUCAACCUCUCUGGCGGGGCUCAAGGUCACAGACUGGGAGAGCUUCAUGCUGUUCACUCAAGCACACCGAACGAGGAAAGCUACGCAAGAUGGCUCUACGACCCCGCGGUGGGAUACACUGUCUACACGGCCGAGGACCCUACCUUGAACAACACUUGGAUCGACAGCGUUGGUGUCCAUACUUUUGAGAUUCAGCAGGAGGUUCUCGGCGUUUCCCUGAAGGGUUCUGGGCCGAUCGAAAUCUUUUUCAACACCAACGGGAACGGUAGAAGCGCCUUUGGAAAUGCUACUAUCCCCUCCCAAUUGGACAAUUGA